ACACACGCACGCAAACACAGACGAGCAUAAAACAAACCUUGAGCUCACUUAAUAUACGGACAAAAACAUUCAGUCAGCGUAUAUAGACCGCCAAUGUCUGUCUUAGUGUCUGUGUGUUCGUAACGUUACUUAACCUGUAUAGAACGUUUCCAUUUGAAAACCAACUUGUUUUCUUUCUUUCUGGAAUAUAUUCUAAUUUAAGUUGCCCCCUAAAUUGUUCUUUUUUUUCAAUCCAGUUUACAGUUUGUAAAUUAUUUCAACAUGUGUCAGAAAGUCUGAAUUUGAGGAAAUUAACAUGUCUACUGAACAGGAUGCCAGAUUAAUUGCAUUAGUAAAGGACCGAUCAUUGAUCUAUAACAAUGCUUGGAAGGAUCGACGUUGUGUGGAUAACCUUUGGCUGGAGAUCAGUCUUCAAAUGAGACUUCCAACCGAAUUAUGUAAAAGGAAAUGGGCUAAUUUGCGUAAUACUUACGCUCGGCAUGUAAGAGAAGAAAAAGCUGGCCUCAUGUAUGACGGUGGUCGCAAACCAUGGUAUCUAGCUGAUAAAAUGUCUUUUUUAAAAGACUAUAUGCAUAUUAGAAUGAACCUUUUUGAUGAAUCCCAAUCACCUUAUUCGCGGUCACCAGAUUUUAUUAAUCCUGACUACUACCGCUCCAAAAACACUAAAUAUGAAUGCACAAGUCAAGAGUCCAUAACCGAAGAUUUAAAAACUCAACCGCGUUUUGAAUUUGAAAGAUUGUCCACGUCCGUCAAAUGUGGAAAUAACUCAAUUAAAAAUAGUAGGAAUGACGACAGUAAUCAGGCAGAAAAUUGUCAAAAUUUUGUCAAGGAAGAACAACAAAACGAAAAUUUUACAUUAAAAAGUGAAAUUUCUUGUACGUCUGAUGAUAAUGAUUUUGAAAGAAUAGACAGUAAUCAGGCAGAAAAUUGUCACAAUUUACUCAAAGUAGAACAACAAAAAGAAAAUUUUACAUUGAAAAGUGAAAUUUCUUGUACGUCUGAUGAUAAUGAUUUUGAAAGAAUAGAAGAGAAUCAAAGGGACCCGUCGACUAGAUAUUUUUUCCGAAGUAUGAUGCUCGACUACGACAAACUUACAAAAAGGCGACGUCGUUUAUUUCAACAAAAAAUUUUAAAUAAUUUGCAUGAACUACUUAACGAACAAGAAGAAGAACAACGACAUUUACCACAAAUUCAAAAGACUUCAAAUCAGUGUAAUGAUUAUGAAACGUUUCAACCUUCGCCUGAGAGUUCAGUGAAUGCAAUUACACUUGAUUAAGACUCAAAUAAUUUGAAUAAAUUAUACUUAAAUUGAA